GAUAAACAAUUUGGAAAGGUUUCUCUUCAUCGUCCGCAUGAUAAUCCACCUGCAGAAGUACAUACUAGUCUUAGAGCAUAUAAAAAUUAUUUGUUAUCAAAAGCUUAUAAAGGAGAGACAUUUUUUUGGUCUUUAUUACCACAACCAGGAGAUAAUGUGACAUUUUAUUUUAAUCCAUCUAUUAAAAUUGAGAAAUUCUUAUUCAGAAGUGGCAAUGCUGAGCAUCCAGAUGACAAAUUUUUCAACACAACUGUUGAAAUAUUACCAUCAGAGAUUUUAGAAGACAAUUCAUAUCCUGUAACAAGAGAUGGUUAUUUAAUUGUUGGAAGUUUUAAAGAUUCAAAUGGUGUUGCAGAAGGAACUCUUAAUACAAAUAUUGGCCCUAUAAAAGUAUUAAGAUUAAAUGUACAUACUCAAAGUGAUCGAUGGGCCAUUCUUAGUGAGGUAAUAUUAAUAUAUAAUUUUUCUUGUGUGUCAUUCAGUUUAAACCUGGCCAUUACAUAAUAUUUACCUUGCUCUGGAUAUUACUUACUUUAUUACUGUUGUUAACAUUUACUGAGAAUUUUUGCAAUUUAUUUUUAAAAAUAAUAAUAUGAAUUCUAAUUAAUAAGCAAGAACGUCUGUCAUCAAGUCAUUGCAACAGAUAAUAAUCAUUUUAAUAUCAAUUAGCAAUUAUUUAAUUAAUCACCUUUAUUAAUAGCAAACUACACCAAGUAUUGAUUUUAUGAACAUUACAACAUUUUUUUUUUGCCAAUAUUAGCUAACUAAUAUAUCUUAAGAAUAAAUAGUGAUGGGACAAUACCAAAAUUUCUUCCAAUUCAUAUUAUGCUGAAAAUUCCUGAUUCUGAUUCCAAUUCUUUUGAAUACAGUGGAUGAUCGGUUAAUGAACAGUUCAGACUGCAAACAAAUUGGCAACGAAGAACACUUCACAGAACAAACACAAAAAGAAAAGACAUAAAAUUACAAAUGCCAAUUGAUUUUCCCUUG